UAUUUUUUUAUAAUUUCCUUUCCAGAAGAAUGUCGCCUGUUGUAGUGAAGGAGAAAGGAAAGGCGGAGAAGAGGAAGAAGGAUGAGAAGGAGAAGACAAAUAAUGAGACAGAGACAGUUACUCCACCAGCUAAACAGGUGAAGCAGGAUGGUAAGAGUAAAUCAGAUAAAACCGAGGAGAAACAGCAGAAAAAGGUUGAUGUAUAUAACGAGAUACUUGAACUUGAACUGAAAGAGAGUGGUAUGAGUACACUAGCUGAGCAUCAGAAGAUGUCCAAGGAAAUCUGUGAUCAGAUGAGGGACCUAGUCACUGAAAUCUAUAAUAUGAAGAUGAAGAAUGGAUCUAAGCUUGAGAUUAAG